AUGGGCGUCUUCCCCUUCCAAAGUCUUGCCCUCGCUGCCACCGUCAUCGCCACUAUGUCCAUCUCCAGAUUCACUGUCUUUGACCCCGACUGUGGGGAGAGAAGAAGCAGCACGAACAAGCAGAGAAGCAGCAGCAUGAACAAGCUGUCUCUGCAUCCACUCUCAACGAAGAUCCAUGAAUUUCGCACAAGGGCACGAGUGGUGGGAUGGCCGUCGGUGAGCAGGAACCGGAGAAAUGGGCUCCCCAAGGGCAAGUUCGUCAAGGUGGUCAUGGUCAGCGCGCCGUACCAGCGCAAGGUGGACCUCGAGGCAUACACGGGCUACGAACAGUUGCUCACCAUGCUCCAUGACAAGUUCACCUCCCACUUCACCAUCCAUGAGUGCAUCUAA